AUGGCUUCGACAAUGCCUGUUGAUCAAGUUGGCAAGACUCUCAUAGAUUUUACUAUGAAUGGAGAAAUUCCAGACGAGGCAGUCUCUGCAUCCAUAAUCGAGAACGAAGCUCUGCCAGCAGCCAUGAGAGCUCUGAGUCAGGCUAAACUUUCUCUCGAAACAGAAGUUCGUCAAAUUAGUAGUGAAAGCGCUUCUGACGUUGACACAUGGAUCAAACAUGCCGAAGCCCUCCGGGAUGAUAUCGACAAGUCAAGGAAAAUAGCGAAUGAAAUCGUUCAACAAGCAACGGCGGACGAAGCCCGCAACACUGAUGUACAAAACCACGAAAACCAUGUUGAACUUUUGGUGAAAGAAAUUGAGUUUAAUGCACAACUGAUGGAAUGUUUACAAGACAUCAAGCGUGCCAAUGAUUUCCUUGACAAAGCUGCGGAGGAGGCGGACAAAAAUGAGAGCUACGAGGCUUUACAGUCACUCAUUGUUGCAGGCAACCUGAUUAUAGAAAUUCCAGCGGAAAAGAAUCCCGGAGAAGCUUCCCUCACGAUUCAUAAGGAACUCAUUGGCAUUUCAACGUCUUUAAAAGAUGUUGCGGAAGGGUUAGUGAGAUUCAAAGAGCUUGAUAAGUUUGGUAAAGAUUUAUGGGAGCAGUUGUAUGAAGCUAUCAUACAACGUCGGAUUGGCCUGAAUUCACCAUCUUCUCUUUUCAAAAUAGAUAUUGAGAAUAACACACUCCGGGUUACCGAGAAGCGAGCAGAUCCUAAAAUAAAAUCCAUGUUUCAGGAUAUUUCAAAAAUCAUUCACUUCCUAGAUCAGAACUUACCCGAGCCGAUGGUAAAGUCCUUGUCUGCGGCAAUGAUGCCAGAUCUGUCUAAAAUUAUAAUUGGGACGUGGCUAGAAUUAUCUGUACCAACUUCUCUAAACGAAAUGGUCGACUACCAGAAAGCGCUAGCUCAAGCCCAUCAAUUUACUGAAAUAUUGGAAUCUUUGAAAUGGCCAGGAGCAGAGGAAUUUCAUGAUUGGGUUGCCGACGCCCCUAAAAUUUGGUUGACUAAGAAGAGAGAAACAUCACUGGACCGAGUUCGUAAUGCAUUAGCCCUUGGUGUUGGCCCGCCUCUUGAAGCUGCACGUGUGGAAACUCGCAUGGUCACCAAGGAUGAUGGUAUGCAUGUUGCUUCAAGUGGCGAGACGGUGAAAGACAAUUGGGGCUGGGGCGAUGAAGAGGAAGAGGAAGAAACUCGCCCUGUAAAAAGAUGCCGAGCUUCUUUUGACGAGGAAAGAAGGGCGAGCUCAAUCUCCAUUCCCCCACUUCGGGACGAUGAUCUUCAGAUCGAUGAGGAAGAUGCUUGGGGUUGGGGAGAUGAUGAUAACAUUGCUGUUGAAUCGCCCUCCGAUAAACGUCCACCACCAAUUCCCGCCGUACCGAACACUCCUGCCAAGACAAACAAUUCAGCAGAGAAGCGUAACGUCACAUUGUCCGAGAAGUAUUGGACAUCAUCCAUGCCAGCUGCAAUCUUUAACCACAUUGUCACUAUCUAUGAAGAUGGUGCCAAAUUGAUGCAACCAGAGUACGUAAUUCUAAUCUCCAAGUCAAAAGCCUGGCAAUCCCUAACUUUGCAAAGUCACGAAUUAAUUCCAGUGUCACCUGCCGCUGGUGGCUUGUCCAAUAUCCCUAUCUUAAUUCUAGCAAUGUAUCGUGCGGUAUCUCCAUGUUACUAUGCCGACGAUCCAAAAGGAAACAUGUUUUCAUACAACGAUGCUAUGUGGUUGGUUGAUAACAUAAAAAGUUUCUCCGCAAAAUGGCAUAUGCGAACAGACUUAUCACCUCGAGCAUUGAAUCUGGUCAAGAUCGAUUCGGAGAUUGGAUCUCUUGAAAGUUUCGGAAAGAAAUCCUACAAAAACGAAAUGGACACACAACGCACAAUCUUACACGACUUACUUGGUAGUUCUCAAAAUUUCGUGUAUAAUGACAGUGAAAACGCAAUUCGUGCCGUCAUCAGUCAUAUCAACCAACAAUCUGCCUCUUGGAAAGAAAUACUUCCAUAUUCGACUUGGGCAUCAGCUGUUGGUACGCUAGUCAAUACAGUCGCCACCAAAAUUAUCAACGAUGUUUUUGAACUCACAGAUCUUGGAGUAGAUGAAGCCGAAAGAAUAGCAUCCCUAAUCCAACAAGUCAAUUCACUGGACUCUCAGUUCAGAACUAAUGAAAUCGGAACUUAUGCAGAUAAUUGGCUCAAGAUGCAAUUCCUGAGCGAAGUUCUACAGAGUAAUCUGAAGGAUAUCAGGUUUCUGUGGUUUGAGAGCCAUCUUAGUUUAUAUUUCUCAAAGGAUGAGGUGCGUGACCUGAUUGAGUUGAGCUUUGAAGACAAUGUCAACUCGAGAUCGUUGAUCAAGGAUAUCAAGGAAAAGCCGGUGCCAGACGUUGGGAGUUUUUAG